UUAAGAGCUGGAUUAGUGAAAUGUAUUGCACAACUUAAGUUGCAUCUAUGGCUAGGUUAAGCUUUGCAAUACAUUAGGCUGUCUUCAUUGCACAAUUCUAGAAAUUGUUAGCUUUAAAAGGCAGAUAUUGACUGAAGGCUCACCCUAGCAGCCUUCCCUCUUAUAUUAUAAUCCUAUAGACUGCACUAGGUCUCCUCUAGUGAAAAAGGAGGCUGCUAUUUUGCCGUUGCCUUCUAAAUCAAAUAACUGCACUUAAUUCUAUAUUAACUGUAAAUAUGGUAUGCCUUGCUAUAAAGAGUUCAGUGCUUUUUAUGCUUCCUGGUUUUGUCUAUACAUUAAGGCCUCAUGCACCCAGGACAUUUCUUUAAGGCUACUUUUUGACCGCUAGUGGGGCACUUUUAACACCAGCUAGCGGCCGAAGAAGGGUUGUUAAAAGCGCCACUGUUGCAGUGCUUCAGAAGUGCUGCCCAUUCAUUCUAAUAAGCAGUCCCACAAGCACACCGCCCUAGUGUGAAAGCACUCGGGCUUUCACAUUUGGGUGGCGUGCUUUACAGGUGCUAUUUCUAGCGCUAAAACACCUGAAAACUGCCUCCAGUGUGAAAGGGAUCGAACUCUCCUAGAAGCCAGCAGCGUUUUUGCAGAAAUAAUACCUGGCGCUUGUAAAAGUGUCUGAAGCUUUUAGGAGCUUUUACAGGCAUCAAGUUCUUCAGCAUUAAUUGUUUAAUUAGUCAGAAUAAAUAAUUUAUUCCGGCUAUUGAAAUGAAUUGAUGCUUAAGUGCUAAAUGCGCCUAGCGUUUAGGCACAUUUAGCAGAAUCGAGCGUGCUUUUCUGCCCAAACUCUGCUGCUCCUGGACUGCCUCUAAAAGCCCCUGCCACUAAAUGCUGCUAAAAGCUUGUGUGCAUGGACACAUAGGCUUACAUGCAGGGGAGUUUAGAGGCUGGGAAAAAUACCAGAUGCCCCUAGGAGCAGCUGUAAGGCCUCAUGUACACUGCUGCUCCUCAACUUUUGAUGUCAACCCCCCAAAACCCCUGAACUCGGCUCAAUAAAAGCCUAUGUGUCCAUGCACACAUAGGCUUUUGCCAGAGUUUAUAGGCAGUUAAAGCGCCUCUCCUGAAUGCAGAAAAAUCGCAAGCUUUUGGGCAUAAAAAAAUGUCAAAUGCGACUAAAAUUAAAACUCUGGCCAAUAGAAUAAACUCCCAAACACCAAAUGCUGCUAAACUUGCCUAAACUGGUUUAAAAAUAAUGCAGCUUAGGUGAGUUUUUAAUGCUGAUUUCCUCCUGUCAGGAGAAACAGCGUUUACAAUAUACCAGUGUGCAUGACGCCUUAAAGUGGUUGUAAUCCUACAAAAAAAAAAAAACCUGCAAGACAAUGGCAAAAUGAGCUAGUUUGCAUAGCAUACUAGCUCAUUAUGAAAAUACCUUGGAUCGAAGCCCCUGCAGUGGUCCAGGCACACCGCUCUGGCCGGAGACAGGUCUCCAGGAGUUAUUUCUGGGUGUGACGGGCUCCGACACUGAUUGGCCGGAGCUGCGAUUACAUCACUCCCUCGAAUGACGGUAACGGCACUUCAGCUGAAGAAACGGCACACUUGGGCCGUUGCUUCAAUGUGCAUGUUUUGAUGACGUUGGCACAUGCUGAUAUAGUGAAUAUCUCCUAACCACGCAGGUUUAGGGGUUAUCCACGGUACCUACAGGUAAGCCUUAUUACCUUAUAGGCUUACCUGUAGUCAAAAGUGGUCUGUAAGGGUUUACAACCACUUUAAGAACCUAAACUAUUUUAGACUUUUUUUUGUUUAAUCUGUUUUUGAGAAAUUAGAAGGCAACAAUACAGGCAAAUCACGUCUCUAUGAACACAGCCAUUCUGUCGCCCAGGCAUGUAUUUAAUGAAAAUUUUGUUGUACGUCUUCCAUUGUUUAUCCCCUCUUUUAGUGUCUUUUAAAGAAAAUGUGCUUAAUUGUUUACCUGUUGUCUAAAUGUCUCACUUCCUUAUCUCAUCCAUGUUAAUGCAGCCUCAGUCCAUGGUGCAUCCAACUUUCUCAGAGGCGUCGCACUUUUUCCCGACCAUUCAUGAACGUCCCAUGUCUUUUUCUCCACCUCCCACCUUCUCAUCUCCCAAAUUGCCCAGCACACAAAGGAGAAAGAGCACCUCCUUCUUGGAAUCGCAGACUCGUCAUGGCUCACCACACGUACGGUCAGUUGGACCAAGUCCACUUCUGUCCGCCACAGACAAUGUGAGCUGGAGGUCAGAUGGGGUGACUCUUCAAGGAAAGCCUCCUGUCGGAUCUUCCCUGGAAACCAACCACAUACAACAGAAUUUUGAUUGCCAACUGUUCGUUGAAGGAAGGCAUGGAAUGGCUAGUGAUGGCAAAAUGAUACCUAUGGAGGCUGUGUACUUGGCUAGUGUGCCAUACAGUGCACAAGCUGAAGCUUUUGUUGCUGCAGAUGGACCUGGUAACAUUAAGGAUCCAGGGGUGACACAACUUGGCUCGAUGUAUGAUUACCAGACGAGUCAAACCUAUAUAGCUCGCCCAGUCCAAAGUCUGAGGCUUGAGACCACAGUCAACCAACCCUCUCCACAGGGUAGUAUGUCUGCACCAGUUACAGCAGAGCCUCAUAUUGUAUACCAUAAGGUGUUUAUGCCCCAGUCUGCUCCUCCAGUUCUCUCCCAGGGCAGUGAAGGGCAUCAGGGUUGUGUGUUUGAAUUUCACAUGCAUUCUUCUGGACCCGAGGGGGCUGUGUACUUGCCACACCGUGUCUACCGAGCACGUCGCGGAUCUUUGGAAAUGGAGGAGGUCACACACAGCUCAUUACUGCAAAGCCGACUUCAGACUGUUGCUGAGGAACAGUGUAACCACCCUGGCCCAGAGCCAAUGUCACCUCUGUCUGGGUUGUAUAGACCAGAUGGCAGCUCCGAAUACUCCAGUGACUCAUCACAGCGAAAUUCCUCAGACCCCGGGGAUUACUUUUCUCCACCUGCGGUUGGAGUCGCAUCCGAUGCCUCUGUAACUUACACUCAGAAGAUAUUUCCGGAGCCGCAUGUCUUCUUCUGCUUUCCACAACCUGGAGCUGCAGCUUUUCCCAUACAGCCUGCUGUUUAUAGCCAACAGGUUACUAGGAUCACAGCUUUUCUGUAUUUAACUUCAUAUGAUUAAUACUUAUUGGCUGGGGUCAGGUUUAUGAGUGAACAGAUUAACAAAUCUUUUAUUUCUUCCAUGAAAAAAGAGAAAUAAUGUAGUCUCUCUGAAUUCUUUGGGAAAUUAGUUUUAGUCACCAGAAAUGUAUUUUCUUUUUUAUGGGUUUUCUUGAACAGGAGAUUUUUUCAGUCUCUUCCUCUUCCACUGAUUCUCUCCCUCAUUAAAGGUAGGCUAUGCAUUUUCUAUUGAUGAGGCCCAGGGUCUUCACUGAUCAAGUUACAUUUCAUUGUAUCUUUUCUCUUUGCGCCCCUAUUAAUGUGCUGUUCACAUUGAUUACAGUGUGUCCUUGUUCAACCAUAAACGGAAUAGGUGGGCUUUUAUAGACCUUACAGCAGAGCAAAUAUAAUUUGCUUAAUAGCCAGCUUCCCAAAGAUGGUGCAUAUGCCUUCCAAAAAGUAGUUUUAUUUAAAGUAUAACGAAAGGCAUAUAGGAUUUUUGGAUAUAAUAGAGAUGGAACACCUGUCAGUUUUUAUUGCGCUUUUUGCCCCCGUUAUGGAGAUUCAGGGAAAAUGUUCCAGUGGGGACACUAGUUUUGGUAACAUAAGGGUCCCCAAGGAACUCCCUUAAUUUUCAGUGAUUUCCUCUUACUUCCUGUUUGGCUAUGGGACAGUAGGUGAAGGGAAAUCUCUGCAAUGGGACACAGAUGGUGAAAAUAAAGCUGGCAGGGGCUGCUACCCUCCCUUGCUCUAUCCAAAAUGAAAGCUCUUAAAGUUCUAUUUUAAGUUUCACAACACUCACAAGUGACCAGAUUCUCAUUUUUUUUUUAUUUUUUUUUAGCUUUUGUAAUCUGAAUUACUGUUAUGCACAGUCUGAAGAAAUGGCAUAAAAUAUCUAUGGUAUUUAGAGGUUUUCCAGACUAAUUCACAUAGAAGCUCUGAUGGCCAUAACACUGUGACAUGAUUAUACCUCAGAGCAUCAAAGAAGUUUGUAAAAUAUGGCUCGCUGAUAUUCUACAUUUCAUUUCAUUC